AUGAGCGUCUCUCACCCUCCUACACCGCCAUCGAGGGUCUCGACAGUUGAUGAGCAAAGAUUCAAGGCGAUCACCUCACCCUGCGAAUGGGUGGAGGACUACCGCCCCGGCGGCUAUCAUCCUGUUCAUCUCGGCGACGUUUUAGGAGCCGGCCAGUAUAAAGUCAUCAGAAAGCUUGGGGAGGGCUCUUACUCGACGGUUUGGCUUGCCCGUGACUUGCGUAACGAUCGAUACGUCGCCUUGAAAAUUCUCGUGUCGGAAAUCUCAGACUCGACAUCGGAGCUGCGAAUUCUACGUCACAUCGCUGAAACUGCCCCGGGCACCGCCCCUCAACACACCAUCCAACUACUAGAUGAUUUCCAACUCUCUGGGCCCAAUGGCACUCACAAGGUCCUAGUCUUCGAGCCUAUGGGUGCGAGUGUGAACAGCAUGGUUGAGCAACUGCCUCAGUUCAAUCCUCGUAAAUAUGGCAUGAAGGUCCGCUACCCACCUCACAUGGCAAGGAGCAUUCUCAAGCGGUCCCUGCAGGCGCUGGAAUUCCUCCACCGGGUUGGCGUCUCGCAUGGAGACUUUCAGCCAGGAAACCUCCUCUUCUCCGUCAGAGACAUCGAUUCCACGCCUGAGGAAGUGCUUCGACAGGCUCAAGAUGUGAAAGCCGGGUCGAUCUCACCUCUUGUUGAAAGACUUGACGGUAAACAAGACAGAUGGGCUCCUCGAUACCUUUGCGUCGCGCGGCCUCUGGAAGAGUUAACCCACUAUACACAAGGCUACAAAAUUAAGCUCUCAGACAUGGGCGGCUGUCAGUACACUCUCUUACAAACUCCUACCCCUUCAUUUGAUCUUCGUCCAUUCUUCUUCACGGACCCGCCAACAAAACCCGUUACUCCCGUCGGCCUGCGAGCUCCCGAGAUGAUUCUGACCAAAACUGUCGACCGGACCCUUGACAUCUGGAGUUUUGGCUGUCUCAUAUUUGAGCUUAUCACCGGACAGCCUCUCUUCUGCAUACCGGGAUCCGACUUUGAAGACGAUGAACAUCUUCUCUCACUCACAGCCGUUCUCGGUGCCCUACCCGAAAACCUAUUCCAGCAUUGGAAGACAGCCUCGCUCUACUUCACGCCUGACAGGGAGCUCUUCAAUUGCCAGCUUGGAGGGCCCGGGGAGGGAGAAGAGCCACUCAUGCUGGAGCAGACAUCCAUGGAGGAGCUGUUUGACCGGGCUGAUCCGGACAUUAGCGAGAAGGAGGCCGGCGCCGUGAAGGAGCUCAUUCGCAGAAUCUUGCGGUACAAUCCUGCAGAGCGACCCUCACCGGCGGAGCUCCUGCGUGAUCCCUGGUUUUGCAAGAUUGACGUUGAGACUGGCCUGUUCCUUUGA